AGCACAUAACAUUCUUUACUAACAACGAUUAAGAAGUAUGCGGUGAUGAUCUAAUCUAAUCUCGAAAUAUGAACAGCAUACAGAAAUAAAAUCUUCACUGUGAUUUUAUUCAACGAGUAGGAAUAAGACUCGUUUGACGUCUGUUGCUUUCAUUACGUCAAAUCUCACAGGAUCAGAAUGAUGCUGUUUGUACAUAUUUUGUGCGCCGUGUUGAUUAUUUGCGUGUCAGUAAAGGCACAUUAUAACGUGAUAACGAGAACAGAUGAAGAGAAUUUUGUGUCAGUUUUAGCAAAAACGCCUAAAUAUGAUCCAACUUGGUCUAGUUUAGACAGUCGACCGUUACCAAACUGGUAUGAUGAGGCAAAGUUUGGAAUCUUUAUUCAUUGGGGUGUAUUCAGUGUUCCCAGCUUUGGCUCUGAAUGGUUUUGGAAUAAUUGGAAAGAUGAAAAUAUUACUAAAUCUACGAAAUAUUUUGAUUUUAUGAGACAAAGAUAUCCUCCAAACUUUACUUAUCAAGACUUUGGACGUGACUUCACUGCUGAGUUCUUCAAUGCUUCUGAAUGGACUGAAUUAUUCAAAGCAUCAGGUGCUAAAUAUAUCGUAUUGACAAGUAAACAUCACGAAGGAUAUACGUUGUGGCCGUCAACAUAUUCAUUCAGUUGGAAUUCUAUGGAUGUGGGACCUCGAAAGGAUCUCGUUGGUGAACUAGCACAAGCAAUUCGUAAUAACACAGACAUCAAGUUUGGCUUAUAUCAUUCCUUGUAUGAAUGGUAUAAUCCCCUUUAUGUAACAGACAAAAGAAACAAUUUCACAACAAACAGAUUUGUAACUCAUAAAAUUAUACCAGAACUACAAGAGUUGGUGGAAACAUACAAACCAGAAGUAGUUUGGUCAGAUGGAGAUUGGGAAGCAUCUGAUUCUUAUUGGAAAUCAAAGGAAUUUCUAGCGUGGUUAUACAAUGAAAGUCCUGUAAAAGACGUGGUAGUUGUGAAUGAUAGAUGGGGUAUUAAUAUGUCGUGUCAUCAUGGUGGUUACUUUACAUGCACUGAUCGCUUUAAUCCUGGUGUACUUCUUUCACACAAGUGGGAAAACUGUAUGACUAUAGAUAAAAAAUCUUGGGGAUAUCGCAGAAAUGCUGUUUUAUCAGAGUAUUACACAUUAGCGGGAUUAGUGAAAGAAUUAGUUAUUACUGUAAGCUGUGGUGGAAAUUUACUGAUGAACGUUGGACCUACAAAAGAUGGUAUUAUUACACCAAUAUAUGAAGAGAGAUUGCGCGGAAUGGGCGCUUGGUUAGCAGUCAAUGGAGAAGCUAUUUAUGAUACUAAGCCUUGGACAGUACAAAAUGAUACCUUAACAGGAAGUGUCUGGUAUACAUUAAGUAAAAAUAAAAAACAGUUGUAUGCUUCAAUUCUAGAAUGGCCAGAUGAUAACAUUUUGUUAUUAGGAUCACUGAAACUUUUGAACAAUUCUCAGAUACAUCUACUUGGUUAUUCAUCAAUAAUUCCUUGGAAACAAUCCAAUAAUAAGCUGGAAAUAAGUUUACCUGCUAACGCACACAAAGGACAGCCUGCUUGGGUAUUAAAGAUUAAAAUUUUUAAAAAUUUACAUGUAUUUUAUUAAGAAUAUAUUUUUUUAUUGUAUUGUAUUAUUUUUAAAAAUGUGCACAUAUUGGUUCUUAGAAAAUAUUGUUUUCAUGUAAUUUUUUUAUAACAUACAAACAAAACUACAUCAAAAUGC